GUAUCUCAACCCAACAGGUUGAUCCAGCGACGUUUAUUGAGCACAGCAAUAAGACGGACAUCGAUGAUUCCACAGCCACCAAUUCCACUUCCACGGCCUGUUCGGAGAACGACUUGGACUUGGAUUUUGAGGUGGAUUGGGAGGUGCCCGAUGAGGCCACGAUCCAUCGGAAAUCUUCUCGGCUUCCUGGAACUGGAACGGAAAGAUCCCAAGUGCCAGCAAGCUCGAAAAAACAGCGAUGCAACGAGGACUCGGAGGUUGCAACUAUCCAACACCGACGCCAGAUGAUCCGGGACAAGAGGCACGCCCGUGUGUAUGAAUGCCUGCGUUCGCAUGGAUUUGAAGGCAUCAAUGAGCCUCGCCGUGGUGGUCAGGAGACACUCUAUCCCCUUCACUUCGCCGCGCUGGGUGGU